UGCAACGGAGUGUUUGAACUGUACCAUGAGCGAUAAGUAACCUCGAGUUCAGCGUUUUAGUUUCGGCCUAGUGUUACGGCUUUAAGAUAAAAUACGAAUGUCUACGUCUUGAUACACCCCAAUUUUCUCGCAGUCAGUGUCUGGCUGGCUGAAUUACUAAACAUGAAGUGUCUCAAAGUGGACGAAUUCAUUCGGCGGACAGCCUCUGUGGAGGAUGCGAAAGAACUAUGCCAAGAACUCGAGGACUUUGUAAUGAGCGGUCCUGGAACAUUAGGACGCACAAUCUGUGACCGGAUCGUCAGAGCUUGCCUCAAUCACCUGGGAGCUGGAUCACCAAGUGUCGACCACAUUCACCAGCUAAUGGAACUGGUGGAAAUCUCCAUGAAGGGUUAUUACGUCUCAGUGGCACACUCUCGCCAAAGCAGUCCUCUCUACAUGGAAAAAAUUGUUUUCCACAUCAUCAAAAGUCUAAGUGUGCUUGAUGUCAGCUGCCUGUGUAUCCGUGUUGCACUGCUACUUUACAACCGGCUUGUUCAAGUUGAGGAGUCUGAGGAGUACUUUGGUCUUGUGCGAAGCUGCUUUACUGUCAUCUGGAGCAGCCUCUCUUCCGCCAAAAAUGAGAAGCUCAUGAAUCCAGAAGAGAAACUCCACUGCCAGAUGCAAGCUCUUAGCUUCCUCAUAUUGCAAGAUAAAGAAGGCACAACCUCGUCCUCAUCCCGGGUUCCCAAAUACGCAGAGGAUUCCAUCUCUGACUAUGAGAACAGCUGUGGCUCAGUCAGCACAGAGGAUGCUUCUUUUGUUCUACUGGAAAUGAGCACCCUCUUUGACAGAUGUCAUACUGUACAUCAAGCAACUUUAUUUACCCUCUUCGAGACCACCCAUGUUGUAGUUAAGAUGUGUUCCAAGGCUGGACAUUAUGACCUUGCUCUUAAGUUUUUGAAUGAGACUGUCAACAAAGUCGGAGGCUGGGGGCAUUGCAGAUGUGCAGCACUGGUCCUCGGGAAAUUGGCUGUGAAGAUCUAUUCCAAGAGGAAAGGCAAAGGGAUAGAAAUUGAUGAAGUUUUGGCAGAGUGUGUCUGGACCUUGAGGUCUCUCCCAGCAGAGCUUCAGCAGCAAGAGGCCAACGCUGUUCUAGCAGGAUGUGCAUUUGUGACAUGGGCGGUUGAGAACGGGCACAGAAAUGCACUGAGCGCAGUCUCACUCUUGUCCUUGUGUACCUUCCUCGAGCAACAGCAAGAUCUGCUACUGAAGAUGCUAAAGAAGAAGCCCUCGUGUGAAUCAGCAGCCAGACUGCAACAUUCCCUCUGUGUCAGUUUUCUCCAAGGAUUUGUUUUCACUUACGCCAGCAUGCAGGAAGCUCAGCUUGAAGAAAAAUACAUGAACAGAGUGCUGCUGUAUUGUCAGUCAAUACUUGGACUGAUGAUGGAUGAGUUGCGCAAAAUACCAAGCGACGCUCUUCUUGUCAGAGCUGUGAUAUCUGUCAGCAACAUGGUGUGCGGCUUGUAUAACCAACGUCUGUAUGAGCAAGCCUUCACGCUCGUGGAGAUCCUUUGCAGAGAUCUGCUUAAGAAUGGCACGGCCUCACUCUCAGUCGACAGGGUGAACAGACCCUUCAUGCUGGCGGUUCAGUCAUCUCGUCGGUCCGGUCACCUGAACAGAGCUUUGGACUCAGUUGUCCUGUGGCUGAAGGCUCUUGGAGAUAAAAUGUCUGAACACAUGGCAGAGCCUGUGUCUUUGUGGGUCAAAAUCAAAACCGAUGCGGCGAAAAGCUCUGACGAGGAUGUUCGGCUUCGGACUCUGUGCGAUGGUUUUGGACCUGGCGCUCUGGAUGAGAUGGUGAUGCUGAAGCUCUUGGAUGAAGAGCUGCGAGGAUACAAAGAGCUGGCAGCAGACAUGUCGCAGGAGCGAUACAACACCCUGUGUGAUCUGCUCGAGAUCUGUCACGAGGAAAGCCCCCACACUCAUCUGCGGGCAGUUUAUCUGUGCGAGAUGGCCCAGGUUGUGUGCUACCUGGAUUUCAGCGCACAGACUGACUGUACGGCUGUUGAUUUCACCCACGAAGCUUUGCGUCUGCUUGAAGCGGAACCUGUGACACUGGAGAAUGAAGACCGACUGAAGGAUGACAAAGCCCACGCUUUGUUUUGGCUAUACAUCUGCACCCUUGAGAAAAAGAUUCAGGAGGCAAUAGAUAGCGACAAACAAAUACAGCAGAUGCAGGAGAAGAAAUUGUCUGUGGCAAAUACCAUUAGUACCAAUGAUUUUGAACACGAGGACAAGCAGAAAAGUCACAGCUGCUUGGAGAUAUAUGAAGGACUGCACUUCAGCCUGGCUGACGAUCAGAAAAUGAAUAAGCCGCUGGAGCAGGCACUGAAUGAGUGGUCUGGUCUUCUUCAUGGUGACGCUCUCCCAGCUGUCAGGAGCCUGGAACAGACAUGCAGCUCUGUCCUUGUGACUGCCGCUCUGUUCAAACUCAUGGCAAAGCCUCUCAAAGCACUGGAAGCUUUCCAGCUAGCUAUAGGGCUGUCCCGGAAACUAGCGGACAUCAAGACGUGUGUGAGAGCCUGCUGUCAGUCUGCCUGCCUUCUCCUAGAUAUGGGCUCUCCUCAGCUAGCUAUGUUUCAAGUAGAGCAAGCGGAAGGAAUGUUGUCCUCAAAAACAGCUGAGGACCUGUCUUCGCUGUGCAUGCUGGUGGUUCUGUUGAAGUCUAAGUUCUGUUACAGUGUUGGACAGGUGGAUGCCGGUGUGAACUACUUGUGCGAGGUACUUCAGGAGGUUGGCAAGCAGCGACAGUCGAGGAGCUGGUACUUGCUCCGUGCUCAGGCCCUCGAAACAUGCAGCGCCUAUCUCAAUCUGAACACAGCCACUCUUCAGCAACACCAGCGGAACCGUAUUACUCAGCAUGACAUGAGCAGCCCGGAUACGGCUCUGCAUGAAAGUGAAAAGCUGUUCUGCAGCCUGCUGGUCACGUUGCUUGGGAACAGCUUGUAUCCGAACAUCUCUGGUGGCUCUGAAGUGCGAUUUGUCUGUCAAGUAGAUAACCUUCUGAUGAAAUGGGAACUGCUCUGCCAGCUGAUGAACUGCUCCAUGAAGAUGGUGGCUCUAAGGAGCAGCUCUGGGGCCUUGAAUGAUGCCAGACGCCACUGUCUUGAAGCCCUCAAACUGGCCAAAAAGCUGCAGGCAUUCAGCAAAUGUGCAGAGUUGCUUGUGGUCAAAGCAGAGUUGGAGCUGUUGCUGGGAGAGAAAGAAGAAAGCCGCUUGGAUCUGGAGAAAGUGAGAAGCCUUCUGGAAUUCAGUGCAGAUUCUACAGAGCAGCAGAAAAAGCAAGAAAUUAAAAUUAAGCCACGGAAAGGUCGUCCGGCAAAAAGUGCACAUUCUCCUUUACCCACCGUUGAAGAUGAGUGUAAAAGUGUCCUGAGCACUCGAUGGAACAUCGAUGAUCCUAUCGUGCAAGAUUUGUCCUGCUCACCACCGUUGAAGUCUAAACCUCGUUGCUUCCUCACUUCCCUGAAGCACAAACCUGACUGUCAGUGCUCCUGCUGCUCUCAACCCUGUCUGGCCUGGGCUACAGCUCGUUGGGCGGCUGCACAGGCUGAUCUGGUAUUCCAGCUUGAUCCAAAUGAAGCCAAGUUGAGUUUGAAACUAUACUUGGCUUCACUGUUACGAUUUAAGACGGCCACAGUGAACCUGGAGAAGAAAAUGGAUAAGAUCUUUACUCAAAAGAGUCUCUCCAAAGGCUCCACUGUGAUGCUGGACGUCAUUGGCAGUGUCUACCUUCGCAUGGCUCUUUCAGGGAUGGAGGCCAGACACAGCAAGGUCUUUGACGUGUGGGGUGUGCUGAGAGAUGGACUGGAAUUCGUGGAUGCUAGCCCCUCUCCAUCACUUGGAGCUGUGAAAGCCAGUCUGAUAGCUGUGAAAGCCAUUGCGUCUCUUAACACCUUGGCUGAUAAAGAGAACUGCAACCCGGAGGAGCUCUUCUCAAACUCCUGGACUUGGAAUUCACCUAAGGAAUCCUUGACACAACUCCUAAAUAAAGCAGCAAGAUCAGCUAAAAAACCAAAGGGCAAUGGGACAGGCGUGUCGGGAACGAUGAUGAUGCUCGCUCCCAAGACUCCUGCGCUUGAGAGGAACAAGCCACGGGCCAAAGAGCUGGACUGCUUUGACUUCAACACUUCGGUGCCGACUUUUGCUUUUACCCCCGUUCGAAAGGUGGGAGGCCCUUCCUCUGUGAGUAAGGCCCCCAGGACUGGUGGCAAACAGUUUCAUGUGUUUGAGGAAGAGGAAUCCCCUCAGAAAGCACUACCUGUGCCUGCCGCCCCAAGACGCACCAAGAAAUGCAUUUUUAAGGUCGUCUUCAGCGAUGAGAGCGACCCGGAGGUCAGUGCAGAUCCCAAAGAAGCUCCUAAAAAGGGCACCGCUACAAGAAAAGUAAAAAAGGAAAAGGAAGCUCCUCUUGCUGCACUUGCUCCCCCCAGACGGACAACAAGGCGAACGAAGAGCACCGCAGCCGCUGCGGCCCCCUCCUCGGACGAAGACGAAAAUUUAGUCUGUCCUCCGUCCACAACAAGACGGGGAAGACCCCGAAAAGACCAGUCCAGAAAAGGAUCGGUGGAAGAGCCUGACAAAAUGAGAACGAUUGAGGAGAAGAGUCAGGAAGUGCUGGACCUGAGCAUUGACCAGCUGAUUAUAUCAGACGCUGAAGAAGGGGCUGUUAAAGUGAAUGACGUUGAUGUUGAGGUUUUACGGAGAGACAUGGCCUGCAGUCUUCUGAGAGAUGAUGUCUUUGAACUGAAGACCAAAAGUGGGCGAGGACUACAACCCUCCAUUCAACAUCCAGCUACCUGGCCAGAUGAUCUUUCAUUAGAGGACGUAGAAUCACUGCUGCGCUCUGCCUGGGUGGCCACCCAUCACUUCCCGUCACCUGCCAUGUACUCAACGCUCUGCUCGCUUCUGGCGCUAUCGACUGGGCAGAAAGACUGCUUGACAACCGCGAUGUUCCACUGUCAGUCCUUGGGCCUCAGCAGUCGUCAUCGUACCAUCAGACACCUGGCCAGUUGUCUCAAGAAACUAAAGAAGGCUUCCACUGACAUUGCACACAAAUUGGACUCCUUGACGCUGGACGACAAGAGCUCCUCCCGCACAGAGGAAAGACUGAAACAGUUGGAGAAUGUAUUCUCGUUCUCGACGGCAGCUCCUGCAACUUCACUGGAGGAUGUCCGUGAAGAAUUCAGACAGCAAAUAGAACAACUUCCUCAAGGCGUAACUGUUUGUGUUAUGUCCGUGCUUGGGUUAAGAUCUGGGCAGAUGGGAGAGAGCAUCCUUCUGUCUCGUCUGGAAAAAGGCUGCCCCCCUGUCUCGGUUGUAAUCCCCACCAGUUCAGAGCAGCACUCGAUCAGAUGGCUGCUCCAGGAGAUGGACAAUAUUCAGGUGGAGCAAAAGGCUGUGAGCCAUACGUCUGAAAAAGCCAAGUGGUGGGAAGAUCGCCAAGCUUUGGACACACGAGUUGAGAGACUGGUGAAGGAGAUGGAGAGCCUCCUCCACUGUUGGAGGUGCUUACUCCUGCCCCUGUCCAACAACCAGGAAAUCAGCACUAAGGCCCAGAACCUGGUCAAGACCAUGCACUCUGAAGGAGUCACAGUCAGCGAGCAGAUGCUGAAGGCUCUUAUUUCAGCAUCACCGGUCCUGUCUAAGAAAGACCUGCAGAGAUUUGCCAUGGGAAUCUCUCCCAAAAGCAACUGUCUGCAGGCUCUUCUUGGGGGUUUGCUUGCUGAGAGAGAGCAGCCAGAAGGUCACGUGGUACUCGUUCUGGACAAGUAUCUCCAAAAAUUGCCGUGGGAGAGCAUCUCGGUCUUGAAGUCCCACUCUGUGAGUCGGAUGCCCUCUCUCCAGUCACUUAUUGGACUGAGCCUUCAGAAAGAGACUGACCCCCAGUCCAUUCUAAAAGAAGGGGUUGACAAAAGGCAGGCCUUUUAUGUCCUUGACCCUGAUGCAAACCUGCCAGACUCUCAGGAUCGGUUCAAGGAAUGGUUCAGCAGUGAAAAAGACUGGGAGGGUGUGUGUGGGUGCCCUCCCCAGCCAGGUCAACUGGAAGUUGCAGUUUCCAAAAAGGAUCUGUACAUCUAUGUGGGUCAUGGGGCAGGUGCACGGUUCCUGGACGGCAACACGGUCCUCCAGCAACAGGUGCGAGCCGCCUCUCUGCUCCUCGGCUGCAGCAGUGCCGCCCUUGCGGUCAAGGGAAAUGCAGAAGGGCACGGAAUCGUCAUCAAUUAUCUCAUGGCCGGGUGUCCCUUCGUGUUAGGGAUGCUCUGGGAUGUGACGGAUCGUGACGCUGACCGGUUCACCAAAGCCUUGCUGGAGUCGUGGUUCGCCGCUGGCCGUGGCUCGUCCCUCCUGCAGCACAUGGGUCCAUCCCGCAGCGCAACACGGCUGAAACACCUGAUGGGCGCGGCGCCUAUCGUGUAUGGAUUACCAAUCCAUCUGAAAUGAAUCCCAAGGGUUUUUUUUGUAAUUUUUUUUUUUUUAUAUUUUUGUUCUGUUGUACUCAAUAGAAUGUUUUAUUGUUACACAAUCUUGUUGGGAAUUCAUGUUGCUAAG